AUGAGUGAACCGAGUGGGAAUUAUCAUCAGUUGAGAAACUUGUCUCGACAAGGGGGAGGGAAAGAAAGUCGGUCGAGUGCCGCUAGCGACGAAGUGGAUGCGGGACAGCAGUGGACCAACACGCCACCACCACCGGGGUGGUACCACGGACAAACGAGGACGACCAUGAUGGACCACCACCGCCUCGGAUUGGAGCCCUUCUGCGUGCGGCCGCCGGCGGGACGCGGGAUGCGUCCCCGGGGACGCCGUGGCGGCGUGACUGGCCCACCGGCCAUCCGCCGCUUCCGAGCCCCGGACAUGGGCAUGUUCAUGGGCCCUCGUCCGACGCCGCAACACCCGCACGCGGCGCCUCUUGCGCCUCCUCUCCAACACCAACAACCUCACCAGAUGUCGCUGUCUCAUCAACAGCCGCCUCCGCAGUUUAUGUCUCGCAUGCGACUCGGCGCCGGGCCAAUGAUGACGACGACUGGCGGCCUUGGGCAUCCCAUGAUGGCGCCGGUUGGCAUGGGUGGCGGCGGCGGUAGUGUUGGUGGGUUACCGCCGAUGCCGGGAAGUAAUGGUGCUGGUCCGGGAGGCGGUGCUGGCUUGGGUGUGCCUCCGGGUGUCGGCGUGGGCGGCGGUGGCGGCGGCGGAGGCGGAGGAGGAAAGGACUCGAUAUUCCCGCCGCCGCCGAUGCAAUACGCCAAGUUGUACACUGACGAGAACCGGCGGCGGAAUCGGUGGCCUUUGCCGCCACUAGCCGACGACUCGUACUGCAUGUUUGGCAAGAUUUACCAGGUGGAUGAGGCGAUAGUGCGGCCAUUGGAGAUGCAGAACAUUCGCCGGUUGUAUCCGCAAAACUUCGACCCUAAAAAGGAGCUCAAGAAGCUCAACUGUUCCGUGCUCGUCAACUUCCUGGACUUGUUGGACCUGCUCAUGAAGUGCCCGGAAGCGGCGAAGCGGAAGGAGAAAAUCGAGGACAUCACUGUCCUAUUCCUUCACAUGCACCAACUGGUGAACGAGUUCCGACCACACCAGGCCCGAGAGAACCUCCGCGGGAUGCUGGCUGAGCAGAAGGAGCAGCGUUUGCGGAUCGCAGCCAGGUUUGCCGACCACGUGGACAACGUGGUGGACAUUCUCAAGCAAACUGUCACAGCCCUGCCCAACUCCACUGGCGCCGCUUCGAACGCGGACGCCAGAUUGGCCGCCCUCCUCGAACAACUCCCGGCCCUCGUCACUGGCAGUCGUCCCACUGGCGGCGGCGGCUGUGGGAAGUCGGCUGUGUCGUCGCCACUAAUGGCGCACCACCACCACGCGUGUCUCCCGCUUGAUAAGCUCAUGUGUGAUAUCGUGGAUGCUUUGCAGGAGUGA